GUUUACAUAAGAGUUGGAUGGGAAUGGGAUCAAUGUGCAUAAGUAUAACUAGAGAGUAAAUCUUGCAAUCUCUGUCCUCUCUCUCUCCAAUUAUUUUUCCUUUGAGAAACAUCAAACUCACUAAACAAGUAGCAGUGUUAUUUCCCCUUUUCAACUUGCUAAACCAAACAUAGCACACAAAACACACCACAAUACCAAGAAAUUAGAACAGAGCUUUCAUAUAAAACAAAACAAAGGGAAAAGAAAGAUAAAAAUGGUACUUUCCCCAACAAACAAGCCCUCUGUCUCCAAAAUUAAUGACCCUUUACUCCAUCAUCAACAACAAUUUCGAUAACAAUUAUAACAAUAAACUCUGGGCUCUCUUUUGAUUUUCGAUCUUUUGUUUUUUUCCCCGUUAUGGAUUUUGGUUUGGUGGACACGAGCUCUGCACCCUCAUCAGCUCCCAACAAUGGCGGCGGCUUGUUUGGCCUGGACAUUACCAACGGAGCCGACGAGGCUUGUAAUAACAUGGAGAGAUUUUGCAGAUUAGGGCUUUCGAAGCGAGACAGGGCUGUGAAUGUAAACAAGGAUGAUUUCAGGGACUUUAAGAAAACUUCGAAGAUUUCUUCAGUACAGAGAUCCGACGGCUGUGAUUUAGCCGAUGACCAUCAGCAAAUGCUGAGCUUCUCGUCCCCGAGCUCUCAGACGUCAAGCGGCUUUAGUAGAAACUCGGGAUAUGGCUCUAGUGGAUCAGUGAAUAUGCAGCAAGGGGUUAUUUUUACACCAUCACAGUGGAUGGAGCUUGAGCAUCAAACCUUGAUCUACAAAUACAUUACUGCAAAUGUGCCUAUACCUUCUUAUCUUCUCAAACCCAUACGCAAAGCUUUCGAGUCCGUCGGCUUUCUGGGCUUUCCGGGCUUCAGAUCGGGUGUCUUGGGAUGGGGUGGUUUAGACCCGGAGCCCGGUCGAUGCCGGAGGACAGACGGGAAGAAAUGGCGGUGCUCAAAGGAAGUUGUUGCCGACCAAAAGUAUUGCGAACGCCACAUCAACAGAGGCCGCCAUCGUUCAAGAAAGCCUGUGGAAGGCCAAUCGGCCCCCUAUUCCACCACCACAAAUACCAAUAACAAUAAUCAUCAUCCAUCCCGAAUACCCGAUAAUAUGAACCGAGGUACCACACAAAAUAAAGAUGAGCCAUUGUACCAAAAAAACGACACACACAAGUCGAAAGAAGAUGAAUUCGGAUUAGUCUGCUCCGACUCUCUACUAAACCCCCUCAACCAAACCUCAUCCCUCCUCAACCUCAAAACCUUAUACAAUAAUAAUAAUAGCAAUCUGGAAGGCGAGAUGGGCCUGGGCCUGAGUGUGGGCCCAGCCAUGGGGGGCCCACUUGGGGAGGCCCUGUGGGACGGCAGCAGCCCACGGGCCUCACCAACAGGGGUCCUCCAGAGGGGCGCAUUCGGGUCCCUUUCCAAUAGCCCUCGGGCUGGGCCCGGCAGCGGGAUUUUUGGGCCGGGCCUAGCGGGCCCUUUGCUGCCCACUAUCUAGUGGGCUUCAUUAUAGUGUACUUGGGAUUUUUAACACUAUUGCCUCAUUUGUAUGUUUGGAAUUUGGAUCAAUGUUUGCUACUUUUCGUUAUUAGUUGGAAUAUCGUAAACUUUAUGUGUGUGUAACCUUUUUUAUUUUUCUUAAUUUUCGGUGUACCAUUUGUUUGAUUGAUCUGAAAGUCUGGUGAGAGUGUCUUUAGGUUGGUUGGAAGGGAGCAUGCUCGUGGUUGGGGAUGUUGUAGUAUUGAUACUUGUACGGCAUUUUGGUAAAAGCUUGAAUAAUGAGCAUAAAGAAUAAGACAGGAUAAUAUUUUUGACAAAAAUAGUGCCGAGGCAUGCAUAAUUGAUAAUUAAUGAACUUCAAGAUUUCAUAAUUUAUUCCCGGUUUNUAGGUACAUAAUA